AUGACAAGUGAAGAAAGCGACACCGGGCCAGUCUUUUUCUGGCGUCCCGAAGCUGAAGAUGGCUUUCUAGGACAAUGGUAUCCGGCGCCAUUCACAUGGCGUAAACCAGUGGAUGGAAAUGAGGGUGAAUUCGAAGAGCUACACUAUCAGAAUGCAGAGCAAUACAUGAUGCACCGCAAAGCGCUUCUCUUUGCCCCAUCCUCGCCCAUCACAGCGCAGAUCCUCGCAGCAGGCGAACCAGCACCUCAUCCGCGAGUCCUCAAACAACUAGGCAGGCAAGUGCCCAAUUUCUCAGAGAAUGUGUGGAACAAUGAGCGGAUGGCAAUUGUGCUGGAGGGGAACAUGCUCAAGUUCUCGCAGAAUGAUGAGCUGAGGGAGAAGUUGCUGGCUACUGGUGAGAGGGAGUUGGUUGAGGCUAGUCCGAGGGAUAGGAUAUGGGGAGUGGGUUAUGAGAAAGCGAAUGCGGAGAAGAAUAGGUAUCGGUGGGGGUUAAAUUUGCUGGGGAAGUGUUUAAUGGAGACGAGGAGCAAACUCAGGGAGCAGAAAUCUAGCUAG